AUGGCGCAGAAUUUACAGAAGAAGCCCUCUAAAGGCAUAUUAAAGUCGUCGCGGAGUGUAGAUGGACAUGAUGGGACACCGUCUACUAGCAAACGGCCGAAAGAGCAAAGAUUCGAUGAGAUGAAUAUUAUAGAAACGUUUCAUCCGCCUAAUAAAGAUUAUGGACAUAUGAAGGUAGACGAGCCCAAGACUCCUUUUUCGGAGGCAGUGGAAGGUGAGGCUGUAGAGCCUAGUGACGAACUAGACGCGAACAUUCUAGCGGCAAAACUCGCCGCUAGUAUGAACAAGCCGCCAAAGUGUACGGAAACGUGUGAGAGUAGCGAUGAAGACAUGGACGAGUCUGAAGAAGCGCGUCGGAAGCGUAAAGAGUUUGAGAAAAAACGGAAAAUGCACUAUAACGAGUUUCAGGCUCUGCAACUUGCGCGCCAACUCAUGGCUCAAGACGAGGAGGAAGAAGAGGAAGCUGAGAAGAAGACCACCUGA